UUGUUUUCAAGAUUGAAUAUAAACGAUUUCGGAUUUUAGAAUCUUUUUUAGGCCUUGCACUUGAAAAUAGUCCUCAACAAGACAACAAGUUACAAUGAACAACAAAAUCAAAUAUAGUAAGAAUAGUUUUUAAUUUAUAAAUUCAAUAUUUUUGAAGUAAAAUGGAAGAUAUCCAAGACUGUUGCAGGAUUUGUUUAGAUGUUGAGACAAAACACGUAUCAAUAUUCGAGGACUCUCUGUUGCCACUGCAAAUUAAAUCAUGCCUCCCUAUAAGUGUCGAAGAAAGCGAUAAAUUACCAAAAACAAUUUGCGAAUCAUGCGUCUCGCAGUUGAACGAUUUUUACAACUUCCAACUGAACGCGCGGUGUUCAGAUGAUUGGCUCCAGUCGUCUAUACAAAAGUCGGCUAAGAAUACACCGGAGAAGUCUGUCAUACAGCCCCUGCCAGACUCUGAGUACAACUCCGACUCUCUAUUGGAGUUUCUAAACAACACUGCCAAUAUUGAGGAAUACCUAAACAAUCUGGGAAAAGAAGACAUUCCUUGUAUCGUUAAUAUGUUGGACAAAACCGAAUCCAGUGAUCCGAGUAGAUUAAACAUUAAAACAAAGCUACCCAGUCCCAAGAAGAAAACAAUGAGCACAAUGGCCAUGGAUAUUGACAUUUUGGAUUCCGACAAACAUAUAGUCAAGGAGCUUUUAAUGAAGGAACCAAAGAAGUUAAAAUCGGACAAAUUAUGUUAUGGGUGCAAAACAAAGUUUGAUAAUGUUGCAAAACUGUCUAAACACAUAGGAACUUGUGAUGUCGCUGUGAGGACUUGUGUACAGUGCAAUAAGGUUUUUGAUUCGAAAAUUAAGUUAGAGCAACAUUCUACGAUACAUUCUAAUUCAUCAGAAAAACCUUCAUCACUUUUGAGGUGUGUUUUUCUGUGUAAGCAAUGUGGGGAGACUUUUGGUAACCAUUUCGAGCUACUCAAGCAUGCGAAACAACAUGUGGUAAAGUCCUAUGAAAAGAUUUGUGACAUUUGCACCCACACAUUUAUGGGGGAUGAGGCACUGGCUAAGCAUAGGAAAGAAGACCAUGAUAAACCUGCUAAAAUACUUUACAGAUGCAAGGUAUGCUGUUAUACAACUGUGGAUCGUAGACACAUGUACCUACAUGUGUCCAGGCAUGCGCAGGUGAGGGAGCCCAAUCGUCAUCUAUGUGAGACCUGCGGCCAGAGUUUUGCCACCCAAGCAACAUUGUUGCGCCACUCUCAGCAACACAGCAAGAAGGGACAUCAGUGCAAAGUUUGCAGCAAAUUAUUCUCAAACAAACAAGUUCAUGAUAAUCAUUUAUUAGAACAUACUGAGAUGGUCAUGUGUGAAAAAUGUGCUGAGAGCGUCCCAAGCUCUGAGUUAUCUAAGCAUAAUUGUGUUUAAGGUUGGGUUGCACCAACUAACUUUAACUAUAACUACAGUGCAAA